CACCUAACAGGCAGCGAUCGAUCCAUUUCGUUGGACCUGGGCAGGCAUCGACAGGGAUAAGUCUUUGUUGAGUCCUGGCCUAGCCAGACAUUGAUAGAGCCAUAGCACCUUCAAAUCUUGGAGCCUAACUAGACGUUGAUUGAGCCAAGACGGAAUAUAUACAGGUCAACUCUAGGUCUAAAACUCAAGGGAAAGAAUUAAACCCAAGGGAAGAAAAUAGGUAUAAGCUUGGGCGGGCGGCAGAAAAGACGAUGGGAAGGGGAGGACGCAGGCGGCCACUGUCAUCGCCGUUCGACAGAGAGCUUCGGCGGCGCAUUGAUUCCUGUAAGAACGAAUACCUCUCCGUUGAAGAUAUCGUCGACCACCUCCGUUCUUCUUAUUCUGACUAUAACCGCCAAAAGCUACUUCCCUUCACCAAACAGGUCCAAAAUAUCCUCCAAUUCCGCCAAAACCCUAACCCGAAUCCAACUGAAGAAGAAGUUGUUUUAACUCCUCCUCCCAGAAAGAAGCUCAAAAGUAACAGCACUGAACGCCGUUUACAGCUCCUUGAAGCCAAACACAUAAGGAAUCGUCGCGAUGGUGAUGGAGACUCGUCUACUAUCGCCAGCACCUCAGAAAGCAGUAGUGACUCUUACUCUUCUUCUGAGGAUUCCGAUGCUAUUUACUCUGAAGAGAAGCCUGAUUUAAUGAAGUCUAUGCUUCGACAUACCUACAAUCAACAACAAGCCAAUAAUAAUAAUAAUACUCCCAUUAAGUCAAAAAAGAUUGAAUACGAGGUGGUUCACAACAAUAAUAAUGAUGAAAAAAGGAAGACGAUUAAUAUGUCGAAAAGGAACGGAGCUGCCACGAGGGAUUUAGGAGAGGAGGAGAAGUUUGGUGAUAUUAAUGCUGGGAAUGUUGAUGGGCCAAAGUUUAAGGAUUUAGGUGGAAUGGAUGCAGUCUUAGAGGAAUUGAAGAUGGAGGUUAUUGUUCCGUUGUACCAUCCUCAGCUGACUAAGCAUCUUGGGGUUAGGCCCAUGUCAGGGAUACUCUUUCAUGGCCCACCCGGCUGUGGGAAAACAAAGUUAGCUCAUGCUAUUGCCAAUGAGACUCGAGUUCCAUUUUACAAACUUUCUGCUACUGAGUUGGUCUCUGGAGUUUCAGGUGCAUCAGAAGAGAACAUAAGGGAACUGUUCUCAAAAGCAUACCGGACUGCACCAUCUAUUGUGUUUAUUGAUGAGAUUGAUGCAAUUGCUUCCAAAAGAGAAAAUUUACAGAGAGAAAUGGAGCGGCGCAUUGUAACACAGCUGAUGACGUGCAUGGACGAGUCACAUAGAGUUGUAAAACCUGAUGAUGAAGAGGGAACUACUCUACCUACUGAUAAAAGAAAUAGUGAAGUAAAAUCAGACGGAUCUAAUGGUGAACCUGGUUAUGUCCUAGUAAUUGGGGCCACAAAUAGACCUGAUGCUAUUGACCCAGCAUUGAGGAGGCCUGGACGAUUCGACCGUGAAAUCGCCUUGGGUAUUCCAGAUGAAAAUGCAAGGGUGCAAAUUUUGUCUGUGCUUACACGUAACCUAAGAGUUGAGGGUGCAUUUGAUCUCAUGAAGAUAGCUAGCUCAACCCCAGGAUUUGUUGGAGCAGACUUGGCUGCUCUAACUAACAAGGCAGGUAACUUGGCAAUGAAGAGGAUAAUAGACGUGAGGAAGGUUGAGCUUUCAAGCGAAUUGGCAGAAGGCGAAGAUGCCGAAGAAUGGUGGAAAAAGCCAUGGUCACCUGAAGAGAUGGCAAAGCUCAGCAUUAAUAUGGCUGAUUUUGAGUUUGUGUGGUGGAGGAGCAAAAAGAUCUCUAAAUUCAUUCUUGACAAAAGGCUGUGCCUAGAAGAGGAAGCAGCUAAACUGAUUCAACCCUCGUCUAGAAGAGAAGGUUUCUCCGCUAUCCCAAAUGUAAAGUGGGAAGAUGUUGGAGGCCUUGAUUCAUUAAGACAUGACUUUGACCGUUACAUCGUCAGGCGUAUAAAGAAUCCUAAUGAUUACAUGGGUUUUGGAGUGGACUUGGAAACAGGAUUCUUGCUUUAUGGUCCCCCAGGAUGCGGUAAAACAUUAAUUGCCAAGGCUGUUGCUAAUGAAGCUGGAGCAAAUUUUAUACACAUUAAGGGACCUGAAAUUCUGAACAAGUAUGUUGGUGAAAGUGAGUUAGCUAUAAGGACAUUAUUUACCCGUGCAAGAACAUGUGCUCCAUGCAUUCUAUUCUUCGAUGAGAUGGAUGCAUUGACAACUAAGCGUGGUAAGGAAGGAGGUUGGGUUGUGGAAAGGCUUUUGAAUCAGCUACUAAUAGAACUAGACGGUGCAGAUCAGAGAAAAGGUGUUUAUGUGAUUGGUGCCACAAAUAGGCCUGAAGUCAUGGACCAAGCUAUUCUUCGACCUGGAAGGUUAGGGAGACUCCUAUAUGUCCCUCUACCUACUCCAGAUGAGCGUGGUCUAAUUUUAAAAGCUCUUGCCCGGAAAAAACCUAUAGAUUCUAGUGUGGACUUGAUGGCUAUUGGAAGAGAUGAUGCCUGUAAAAGUUUAAGUGGAGCAGACCUAGCUGCACUGAUGAAUGAAGCUGCAAUGGUUGCACUUGAAGAUAAAUUGACAGCCAUAGAUACAAGUUGUGGUGACAUAUCAUCGACCAUCAAGGAGUCACAUUUCAAACGUGCUUUGGAGAAAAUUUCUCCAUCUGUCUCCGACAAGCAAAUAGGAUACUAUCAUGAUUUAUCAAAAAGGUUCAGAGCAGCAUGAAAGCCUUGGUGAAGGAGAGGAAAGAAGAUGCUUAGAGUGGUGGUCAUAUCUCCAGCUCUGGCCAUGGGAGAAAGUUGCACGAGAAAUAUUUCGGAUAUUUCUUUCUUUUUGGUGGUCUUGUGAAUAUCCUUGAGAUAUAGUGUGGGAGCAAACAGAGAGGAGAGGGAAAGCAGAAAAAAGCUUUAACCUUUUCCUCUCUUUUUUGUGUUUUUGGUUGGAUGGAGUUUGCAAUUAAAGAGAAGCUCUCAGUGUCCAUGUAGGGUUCAAUGGAGUUUGUACGAGAGAAGAACUUUUUUGUUGUGGUCAGUUCCUUUUUUCUUCUUUUACUAUUAUUUUAGCAACAUAAUUCUUUGCACCUGGAAAUAUGCUAUAAUGGUAAACUGUUAUCUAAUUGAAAGCAAUAGAGACGUGGUAUUUAUUUGCCUCUUGACCA